AUGAAUAUCUGGUUCAUUAUCUUUAUAUGUACUAUUCCCACGAUACUUUCAGCACGUAUUUUUCGUAUAAACAAUCAAUGCGAUCAAAAAUUAUGGUUCGGUACACAAGGUAAACCUUUGAUUUAUUCUGGUGGAUUCGAAGUCAAUGCUCGUUCGACAAAAGAUAUUAGUGUACCGGACGGAUGGGUAAGCGGACGUAUUUGGCCAAGAACGAAUUGUCGAUCUGUUAAUGGCAAAUUCACAUGCAGUACAGGAGACUGCGGUGCACCAACGAACGGAUACGGUAUGGCAUGCAAUGGAAUAGGUGGUCAGCCACCAGCCACACUUGCUGAGUUUACUCUAAAUGGAUGGGGCGGUUCAGAUUUCUAUGAUUUGUCGAAUGUCGAUGGUAAUACAAUAAGCAUGACGAUUCGACCUAUCCCUGGUCAGUACACUCGUGUCAAUAACCCAUCUUUAGGAAAGUACAAUUGUGGCACGGCAACGUGUAUAUUUGAUCCAAAUCGAUGUCCUCCAGAAUUGCAAAUGGACGAUGGAACUGGACGUAAAAUAUGUGCCAGUAUCUGUGCUGCUAUUCACAAUGCCCAACAACGAGCACGACAUGUUCAUCUUCAAAAGAUUUACAAUAAUCCAGAUACGCGUUCGUUGGUAUCACCACAUGAUAAGGUAACACCAGGUCGUAAAUGCUAUGUGGAAAAGUGGCCACGUUCGACACAAAAUACACGUUACGAUGAAGUUUUUAAAUCUCAAUGUUCAGAUGCCUAUUCAUGGCAAUUCGAUGAUUUAGCUAGUACAUUUCAAUGUUCAAAAGCAAAUUAUGAAAUUAUUCUCUGUCCUGACAGUAAUCCAGUGAAAUCAGGAGAACCUGGUUCGAACAUUCAGUGGAACGGAAAAAACUGGGCGAUGUCAUGUGAUUUUCGUGGAAACGAUCUGACUAACGUUCAAAUUUCAUUACAUCUUUGUAGUAGAAAAUGUGCUGAAAUUCAAGGAUGCACUCACUUUACAUGGACUCGAUACAAAGGUGGUACUUGUUGGAUGAAAACUGGUACUGUUUCCAAAAAGGAUGCCUUGACAACCAAUGAUCAAACUAUGAUGUGUGGUGUAAUGAAUGAGGAGCAAGAAAAGAACAAAGGCUCAACCAUCCAGUGGAACGGAAAGAACUGGGCCAUGGCAUGUGAUUUCCAUGGAAAAGAUCUGUCUAAAGUCCAAACUACAGCUGAACUUUGUGGAAGCAAGUGUGUUGAAACUCAAGGAUGUACUCACUUUACAUGGGCUCGACAUAACGGUGGUACUUGUUGGAUGAAAACUGGUGCUGUUUGUCAAAAGGAUGCCUUCGCAACCAAUGAUCCAACUAUGGUAUGUGGUAUAAGGGAUGAUGGCCAAGAAAAGAACAGAAACUUAACUAUUCAGUGGAAUGGAAAGAAUUGGGCUAUGUCGUGUGAUUUCCGUAGAAAUGAUCUCUCUUACGUCCAAACUUCAAGGGAAUUUUGUGGUAAAAAAUGCGCUGAAACUCCAGGAUGUACUCACUUUACAUGGACUCGAUAUAAAGGUGGUACUUGUUGGAUGAAAACUGGUGCUGUUUCGAAGAAUGAUGCCUUUGCAACCAAUGAUCCAACUAUGAUGUGUGGUGUAUUAACCCAUGCGUAA